AUGGCCACCAUCAUUCUGCCCAGCGAUGGAAUCACGGGCGGCUAUCAGGGCCAGUCCCUGACGAUGAAGAUCACAAUCGCAACACUGGCUGGUGUCACUUGGUAUAACGCCUUCGAGCUCAUCAUCCUGAUCUUGGUCAAUUUUGCACCCUACCACGGCCUCUACUUCUGGAGUCUGCUCAUCUCCUCCGCGGUCGGCUUGAUCCCUUACUCCCUCGGCUUUCUUCUCAAAUUCCUCCACUUGACCACAGUGACCUGGCUACCGAUCACGCUGCUGACCGUCGGCUGGUGGGCCCUGGUCACCGGCCAGUCCUUGGUCCUCUACUCCCGCCUGCAUCUGGUGCUCGACAAUCAGCGCGUGCUGCAGCGCGUCCUCUUGAUGAUCCUGGUCAAUGCCGUACUGCUGCUGGUCCCAUCCACCGUCUUGGCAUAUGGAGCCAACCUCACGCCGCCGAGCACGUCAUUGGCCAACUACAAGAGGGCAUACGAUGUGAUGGAGAAGAUUCAGAUGACUGGGUUCUCCAUCCAAGAGUUCAUCAUCUCGGGACUCUAUCUGCGCGAAACCAUGCGUCUGCUUCGAACCGACGUCGAUCAGGGCAAGCGCAAGAUCCUGUAUCAGCUGCUGCUCGUCAAUUUGCUGAUUAUCGUCAUGAACGUGGGACUUUUGAUCGCCGAGUUCCACAACUACUAUAUCAUGGAGACCAUGUUACGCGGCACUUUUUACAGCAUCAAAUUGAAGCUUGAAUUCGCGGUCCUCGGGAAACUGGUCGAAGUCGUUCAGAACCCAGUGUGGAAACCCGAGUCAUUCUCCAGUCCGCGCGCGCUACCUGAUUUUGUCGAUGCGUCGCGCGUGACCUCGGACCUCACUCGGGCGGCUCCCGUCGACGCUCGCCCCAUGCGAGCAUGGCUGGAGGAUGAUAUUUCCAUCGCCAUGUUCGAGCAUAUGCCGCCUUCCGAGGCGCAAAUGAUGGCUUCGACCAAGGCCAAGGUCUGGCACAGUGAGACGCAAUUCAACGGCGCGUCACGGGCCAUCGACUUUUCCAACCCCUUUCAUCCGGAACGUAAGGAACAUAAUCAGCCCCAGCAACAGGAGCGCCAACAACCAAAGGGCACACAUGACAGUGCGAAGAUAGAAAAACCAGGAUGA